GUCUGUUUCUGUCAAAAUAGUAAAAAUCAAAAUAAUUUUAUUGCCGUAAACAUACAUGAAAUGUGUGUAAGUAAUUCAUAUUUUCUGAGAUAAAGUAUACAAUGUUUUUCAAAUAAUGACCGUGGAUUAGAUGAAAAUUAAACAUUAAUCAUGGUUAAUAAGGAAAACAAAUUAUGACACGGGCAAUCUAGGAAUAAAAAUGAUCACCAUUCACUGGACCUUUAAAAAAAUACCCCUUUAUAUAUGUUGCAUUAUAAAAACACUAUUUCAAAGAUGUCAUCUAACCUGCCGCUCACUUACUUACAACAAUUUUAUGGACCAAAGUUAUGUAGCAGAUGUGUGUAUGGAACCCAUGUUUUGGUUUGUGGACAAUUUUACAUAUGCACUAGGACCUAUAUUUGUGAUUGCUGUAGUAGGUCUUACUGCAUCAGUGGUUGUGAUAGCUUAUUGGAUAGGAAUACCAUAUUGGUGGAAUAGGAACGCUUUUGUCUGUUUAGUUCUAAUUGUUAUUGGCCACUGGUUACUGUUAAAUAUUUCUUUUCACUAUUAUAUGGCUGUAGUGACACUUCCAGGUUACCCACCUCAGGAUGAAUUGAUCCAAGAAGCAGUUAGUAUUUGCAAAAAAUGCAUUUCUCCAAAACCACCACGAACGCAUCAUUGCUCAGCUUGUAACCGUUGCAUUUUAAAAAUGGAUCACCACUGUCCUUGGAUAAAUAAUUGUGUAGGUUUCAAAAACCAUAGGUAUUUUUUUCUUUAUAUGGUAUUCUUAAUAGUUGGUGUACUUUUUGUAAUUUCAUGCGGAUUCGAUAUUGCAUACACAACAAUUAUGUUAACGCCUUCUGAUAUGGACGAUCCCGAAUUAGAAGGACAUCCAGUUAAGUUUAAUAAAACAGGGGCCCUUAUACCAGUGACUGAUGUACAAUAUUUAGAUAGUUCAUUAUUUGAUGAAGAAUCUAGUUAUGAAUACAUUAAUCCGUGGAAGAAAAGAGCUAUCAUUUACAUGGCACUUAUUAAUUGCGGUGUCUUAUUAGCAAUAGGUAUGCUGUCGCUUUGGCACUCGCAAUUAAUUAGUAAAGGUGAAACUUGCAUUGAAGCUAACAUCAAUAAAGCAGAAACAGCUCGCUUAAAAGAACUUGGGAGAAAAUAUGCUAAUCCCUAUAAUUUUGGUAGGAAAAAAAACUGGAAAAUUUUUUUAGGAUUAGUGCAAGGAAGAACAUUCUGGAAACAUGUUUUAUUGCCUUCUGCACAUGAACCAAUAGGAGAUGGAUUAAAAUGGCAUACAAUACAUGACGAUGGCAUCGAUGAAUGGCCGUAAUUUUGCAAUGUGUAUAUUUCAUCUAUUUUCUCAUUAUUUGCUGUUAUCUAUCUCAUCAACAUUUCACUACUAUUUAUUCCAAUCAAGUCACGCUAAAUUUUGAGACGGUAUAAUAAUAUCUGUAAAGUUGAAAUAUUGUUAAAAUUGUCAAGCAAAACCUUUAAUCAAAAAAUGAAACUGGCCUCUCUUGUUUUAAUGCAGUAAAGUACAGCUUUACACAGAUGUUAAAUUUGAACAUUAGAAUCCUUUUUUGGCUACUUGUAAUUCUACAGUUCUCUUGAAACAUCCCGAUUUCAAAAAUAAAAAUAUUAACGAGAUCAGGAUAUUUCUUCUAUCUAAAUUCGAAGGCACGGCGCUCAUAUACAACAUGGUGAUCUCAACAGAGAAAACUAAAUCGAUGGUGAUAUCAGCGGAACCGAGACGAUCUAAACUGGUCGUAAAUAACAAAAUAAUAUAACAAGUGAUGGAAACGGAAUACUUGGGAAUAAAACUGUCAGGCUAUGGAAAAGUGGAAGCAGAAGUACAAAAACAAGUGAACAUGGGGAACAGAGUAGCAGGAUGUCUCAAAAACACAAUCUGGAGAAACAAAUACCUCACAACGGAAACGAAGACCAGGAUAUAUAAAUCAACAAUAAGAUCGAUAAUGACGUACACAGCGGAAACAAGAGCUGAUUGAAACUGGAAACAGCAGAAAUGAAAGUCUUACGAAAAAUAACAAACCAAACUCUAAUUAAUAAUAAAAAUGCUACCUAAUGGUUCUGUACAAAAUAAAUUAUGCAGUACAGACAAUUCAGAAAAAAGAAAAGUAAUGUUUAUUUAAUAUAAUACAGUAAUUCACUUUUUUAACAAUUUUUGGAAUAAAUAGUAGUAUAAUUCUUGAAAAUGAUUUUUUGUUACUAUUUUUAAGCUAUAUUUUUUUAUAUCCUGUAAAUUGGGGUUUUCUAGUCUAUAUGUGAUGUUAUAUUUAAAUUUAAAACUCAUUUUUCUACUAAAUGUAUAUAGAUAGGUAAAAGAAAAUUCAUUGAAAAUAAACAAGUCUAUCCACUUAA